GCAUUUCGCGGCGCUAGCUCGUAUAUUUUUUGCAAAUAAACGUAAUUAAACAGCUACAAAGUGUGCAUACCUUACAUAUUAUCAAAAUAACGACACUCAACACACAGUUUACUUCGCAAGGAACUCCGAAAUGUCCGCCGAAGCUGAAGCAAUUGUCACAACGGCUGCUGCCGAUGCAGCGCCAGAGAAGGCAGCCAUCGAGCCCGUUGCUGCGGACACCACGCCCGACAAGGUGCCUUCAGAUGUAGCUAUCAACCCGGAGCAAGUGCGUGCCGAGAAAAUACUUAAGGGCAAGGAGCUGUUUAGUCAGGGAUCACGCAACUUUCUAGUAAAGAGCUAUGACGAGGCGGCCGAUGAGCUGAGUCAGGUGUGCCAGCUAUACGAGGAGGUGUAUGGCGAACUGGCCGAUGAACUGGGACAGCCACUGUUGCUCUACGCCAAAUCGUUGAUUGCGAUGGCGCUAGAUGAGAACAAAGUGAUCGAUGUGCCCGACGAGGCAGCCGAUGACGAUGAAGAGGAUGUGGACGAGGAUGACGCUGAAGAGGGCGAGAGCGAAGCGAAUGGAGAUAAGCCAGUUGUGCCCAAAGCAAACGGAGCCACAAAUGGUAAAAAGCUGGAAAGCAUUAAAGAAGGUGAUGCCGACGAGGCCGAUUCCACGGGCGAUGCAGGUCAGUCUAAGCCAGAAGAGCCAGCCGGUAGUUCCAAGCCACCCACGGGAGUGGAUGAAGUGAGCAGCAGCAAUGGAAACGCUGCCGCUUCGAACAACGAGGAUGAACGUCCCAGCACUUCAAAUGGCGAGGUGACUGCCAGCACCAGCAACGGUGCACCAGCGGCAAUGGAUGUGGACCAGGCCGAGGAAGACAACGAAGAGGGCGAAGGUGUUAGCGGCAGUCUUCAAUUGGCCUGGGAGAUACUCGAGGCGGCGGCCAAGAUUUUUUCGCGCCAAGGUCUCAGCGGCUUGCCUUACCUGGCUGAUGUGCAAACGGAACUGGCCAACAUUGAAUUCGAGAAUGGUAUUCUGGAUGCAGCACGCGAGGAUUACGAGAGAGCUUUGAAGAUACAUGCGGAGCUGCCCAAUAAGAAUCGUCGUGCGCUGGCCGAGCUGCACUACAAGAUCGGGCUUACUUAUCUGAUGCAGCAGCUUAACAAGGAGGGCGCCGCAGCUUUGCGCAACUCUAGCGUGCUUAUUGAAGAAGAAAUUUCCGAGAUCAAGAGCAAGGAGAACCCAACCGAACGUGAGAAGAACAACAUGCUGGACUUGGAGGAGACCAGACAGGAGAUUCUGGUCAAGAUUCAAGAGAUCGAAGAAACACAGGCACAGACAAUAGCAGAGGUGCGCGCUGCUUUGGACAGCUACAUCAAGCCUAUGAGCAGCAGCAACAACAACGGUGGGGAUGCAGCUGCCUCCUCAUCGACAGCCCGUGCUGGUGACGCUGUCGCUACCAAUGGAGCUGCGUCCAGCUCUUCAUCGACCACAGCGUCUGCUGCCUCCUCGUCGGCCAUCAGCAGCAGUUCGAACAAACCCACAGAUAUCACGCAUCUGAUCAAACGUAAGAAGCCCGAAGAGCCCAGCUCGGAGGCCGAAGCUGUAUGUUCGCCUGCCAAGCGUGCUGCUGUUUAGAAGUCGCUCGAAGACUGCACAUUCCAGUUAAAUACACACAAACACACACUCACACACGCACACCAACAACACCAGCAACACCAAUACAUCAGCUACUUAAAACUCACACAAACAUACGUAUACACAUGCUUAUCCUAUCCCAAUCUUCCUAUUUAAGAUUAUGCUAUUUGUUUUUGCUGUUUACUACAAUCAUUUUCACUAUAAGUCUGUAAAAUUACAAUCACAACUAGUGCUAAGUGCUUACAUAAAA